AAUCCGCUGGGUGGCUCAUUCUGUUGUUGAGUCACCGGGAACCGAACCGACCGUUACUCGGCUGAGAUAAGCCGACGCUCUCGUUUGAAACUGCGCCCGUACUCCUCCAGAUUUCUUCUCCCGGUCUUACAUUUGUUACAUCCAGAUAUUCUUCUCACCGGGUUUGAAAUGUUACAUUUUCGGUCAACGGUAGCGCUUAAGGAGUUAUUUCAAACGCAGCUGAAGCGUCCAUUGACAGGUAGAGUUGGUGUCAAAGCGAUACCUGCGACCGCCGCUUGCUUCAGCACCCGGAGUUUGGAUGGGAGGUCGCCGGGCGUACGGAGUGCAUUUCCCCCGCAGCCCUUCACCAGAAGACACGGCGUUAGAGGCUUUUGCUCCAAGAGUGACAGCCACAAUGAAGCCGCAAAGGACUCGACUGAGAAGAGAAGGAAGGCAGGCAUCCUGCCCAGCCUGGAGGACCUGCUCUUCUACACCAUCGCAGAGGGCCAGGAAAAAAUCCCAGCGCACAAAUUCACAACGGCUCUCAAAGCCACGGGGCUACGUACGGGAGACCCUCGGCUG